CAUCCUUGGAAGGACGUUGGACGUUUUUACAUUGAACGUUAAACAUUUUCUUCAAGGUUUUAAAUAUUUGUACUCGUUCAUAACCAGUAAUAACUUGUAAAAAUAAUUUUUAAUAUUUAAAGGAUAAGUAAAUCUUAUCUGAAAUUUAACUUUGAUAAUUUAAUUAUGAUCAGUAGUCCGUGUGAACAACAAGUGGACGAAACAUUAGACAAUUCAAAAGAAUUAGUUCUUACAUCUCCUUUUAAUAAUCGUAGCUGCUCUACAUAUACGGGAAUAUUAGAAAAUGGUAUUGAAAUCCACAAAAGAGCUGUUGGGGCUUUUGACAUUCCUCAACAAACAGAUAAUGUCUAUGUGCAUUUGACCAGUAAACCAAUUAGUCAAGUGUUGGAAAAUUGGAACCAGGAUGAUCGUAAUAUAUAUCAACAAAAUUCAAUGAAACCAGAAAUGAGAUCGCCUGAUUGCUGCAGUAGGUCUAAUAGAUACUUUACUGACCAUUAUUAUCCACAUUCGCACACUAAUUUCAGAAGUCUAACUACCCGAAAUCUAUACUACGAUUACUACGAUCCAACCGUGGUAACACAUAAAAAAGAACCGGAAUCUAAGUAUUAUGGUGAUACUAACGGUGGCAGGUACACAACACAAGGCAUACAAGAAUCAGUAGCUAUCGAAAAUGUAAGUACCUAUUCAGGAAACACGGUACCCCAACCUCAUCGGCGAGGUGCUCUACAACUUUGGCAGUUCCUUGUUACCUUACUAGACGAUCCAAACAACUCGUCAUGCAUUGUGUGGACAGGUAGAGGUAUGGAGUUUAAAUUGGUGGAGCCGGAAGAGGUGGCCAGAAGAUGGGGACUGCAGAAGAAUAGACCUGCUAUGAAUUAUGAUAAAUUGAGCAGAUCACUUAGGUAUUACUACGAAAAAGGAAUUAUGCAAAAAGUUGCUGGCGAACGUUACGUUUACAAAUUUGUUUGCGAUCCUGAGGCGCUGUUCAACAUGGCGGCCACAUACGAUUACGCCGUCUCCGGUACGUCCGGCCCACCGGCCGUCGUCUCGACGACGGCGCAUCACCAACAUCAUCAUCAAAACCUGGCCACCAGGUAUGCAGCCGCCGCAGCUACAGCAGCAGCCGCCGCUGCUGCUGCUGCAGCAGCUGCCAACAUGCAUCAUCAUCACCAUCACCAUCAUCAUCAACCUACUACCGCGUACGAUUGUGCGACUACUGCAGCUACAACUGAUGGGUAUUACGAUAGUAGUAAUUGCAAAGUAACAUCAGCUACCAUCGUUGCCUCAUCAUCAUCACCUUCCGCAGAAGAUGGCAAAUCGAUGAUUGGCCACCGACGACAUAAAGACACCGUGAUAGACUCGUCAACUGGAACAACAGACAAUUGUAAUGGACAUGGAUUUUGGCCAGCCGGCGUUUUUGUCCGAUAAGCUUUUGCCAAUAUUUCUUCAAAAUAUGAACUUCAAGGAAAUGAUUUAAAUAAAAAUUGUAAUCAGGUUGUUGGAUGAAUUUUCAAGCAAAAUUAGAUGGAUAUCAAAAAGGAAAUCGGCCUGAAAAGUAUAAGGCUCUUUCAAAACAAAAAAUUGUUCAGUGUAUUUUUAUUCUGGACAGUUACACUAGUCAUUUAUUUUUUGUUCUUAAAUAGAAAACUUUAACUGUAAUUUUGUUAGAUUAAUUUAAUUGUUUAUUAUUAUUAUUAUUAUUAUUCUGAUAUAUUCUAAGUAGUAAAAUUUUAUAAUUUUUUUAAUGGACUUGUCAGUACUUUAUUUAUAAUUGUCAGGCUUUGAUACAAAAGGGUAUAAGAGUAAUUACCCCCCAAAAUUAGAAUUAUUUUCUUAAAAAGGUCCUAUUUUUGAUAAAUUAUUCUUACUAACAGAAAUAGUGAAACGGCCUUCAAAAAUUUCUUCUGAAUCCGCGCCUGAUAAUUGUUUAUAAAUAGUUUUCCCUUUAAAUCAAGUUUUCAUUUAUAUUAUUAUUUAUAUAAGUUUUCAAUUAUAACAUUUUUUUUUUUAAUUAUUCGGUUUAAAUGAGCAACAUAGACUCAAUAAAAGGACUCUCUGUUUAAGCAAUAUAUUACUUAUUUUCAAACUUAUGUAAAUAUUCUGUCUUAGCAAGCACGAUAUAU